AUGGUCAGCCACAGGAUGCUGCUGACUGCCUUGCCCUUCCUUCCUCCCAGAAUGACCAGUGCCUGCCACCGGAAGUGUGUGCCUCCCCACUACAAGGAAGCAGAAUUGUCCAAGGGCGAGUCUGUUUGCUUGGACCGGUGUGUCUCCAAGUACCUGGACAUCCAUGAGCGGAUGGGCAAAAAGUUGACAGAGUUGUCUAUGCAGGAUGAAGAAUUGAUGAAGAGGGUGCAGCAAAGUUCUGGGCCUGCGUGAGGUCUCAGACAGUAGACACCCAAGGUGCACUGACCCUUCCCACUUGUCUAAUAAAAGUGGCCCCAUUGGGUGUCUUCUGUGAAGACUGCCAGGCCUAGGUUCUCCCUGGAGCAUCUCCAGGGACCUAGACUAUGGCAGAGCUCCCUCCUGGUCGAAGAAGGGGUAUUUGUCACACUGGAAUGUGGCCGUAUGUUUGUGUAUGUGUGUAUGUAUAUAUUAAAACUAGUUUGUUAACACCUA